UCCCCUAUAGACGACGGAACCGCAACGGGAAAGAGAAAGCGCGCGCGCGCGCCCGCCCAAUGCACUAGUGUAACUCAAUGGCGCUGUAUUUGGCUUCGACUGUUCCGCGGGGUUCGUUUGCUGAAAUCGUCCCGUCGCUGGCGAGCAUCCUGUUCGGACUUCCCGGAGACAUGACGCUGACAGCCUCUUCUGCUCACCUGUGAGGCCCACCGACCGCGGGAGGCAACCUUUCGCCGGCUGCGACGUUGCUGCUGGGCCGCUCUCCCCGUUCUUGCUGAAAUUUUGAUACCGCACCCGUCGCGGCUGCUGGGCACCAUGCGCACCGAGGUCGAGUACGCGGUGUUCGGCGCGCUCAUGUGCGCCAACCUGGGGUUCGGACUCUACUUCUCCUGCGCAAGGCGGGCGCGCAAGGAGGCCACCACCGAAGAGAUGUUCCUCGGCAGCCGGAGCCUCCGCACACUCCCGCUCGCCGGCUCCGUGCUCGCGUCCAUGCUUUCGGCCAUCGGCGUGAUCGGCUUCAGCGCGCACUACUACGCCUACGGCUUCCACUACCUAUGGAACUUCCUGUCGGCUCCGCUCAUCGCCGUCAUCGUCUCCAAAAUGGUCAUUCCGGUUCUCUACCAACUGAAAGUCACAUCCGUAUUUGAGUAUCUAAGAAUGCGAUAUGGAAACAAAAUAGGACUGACAGCCUGUGGCAUCUACUUCUUCAUAAGCGUAACCAUCGGGGCCGUGGCCUUAUUCACAGCCUCUGUUGCGGUCUCAACAAUUUUCAAUGCGUCCCUAUCUUGGAGCACUGUCGGCAUCGGCAUCGCAAGCACCAUCUACACUUCGCUGGGAGGAAUGCGAGGAGUCGUGUGGACCGACUGCGUUCAAUCGCUGCUCAUAUUGAUGGCUCCUAUCACCGUCGUUACUAAAGUAAUCUACGACGCCCAAUAUCAAGGCGAGCGACUGCGACCAGCAAACGACUUCAACAUAAAGGAGUACAUAUUUGAUGCCAGCCUGGACUUUACAAAAGACGAGAACGUAUGGGCCUGCAUGAUUGGACUGUUCAUCCACAGCUUGUUUCGCUCGGGCAUGGACCAAGUAGUCGUCCAGAGGUACCUCGCCGCCAGAAAACUCAAAGAAGCUCAAAGCAUCACCUACAUCGGUGUCACGUUAAACGCCUUGUACAAUUUCAUCAUGGCUGGCAUGGCUGUAGCCCUAGUCUACUGGUACCGAGACUGCGACCCACUUCUGUCGGGAUCCAUCACCAAGCUUGAUCAGAUGCUACCUUUCUACGUGAAGGAAAACCUGGGUGACUUCCCAGGCUUCUCGGGACUCUUCCUCACAGGAGUUGUCAGCGCAGCCACAAGCACUGUAUCAUCUAUCAUCAAUUCCCAAGCUGCCGUGUUUUAUGUGGACGUAAUUUCGCAGUACACGAAAUUCACGUCAGCGCAAGCAACCGCUUUUACGAAGAAGAGCGCCCUAUUCUUUGGAUGUGUUCUUACCGCUUGUGCUGUCGCAGUGCCUCAUCUGGGUUCAGCUGUCCGGCUUAUUCUGGUGCUGCACAGUGGUGGGACUGCACCGUUCGUUGGACUUUUCAUCUUGGGGCUUGUUUUUCCGUGGGCCAAUGCGAAGGGCGCUGCAGUCGGCACGUUAGUUGCUGGAGCUCUGCAGUUGUGGCUGAUGUUUGGGAAGAUCACCCUCGGCAUUCAUUCUCCCAGGAUGCAUGUCACUCUCGACUAUUGUCCGGUCAAUGCCACUUCCCCCAUGAUGAACAAUUAUACCUUCAUUGUCGACGAAGCUUCGUCUGUUGACAGUCUUUCAGGUCAUGAAGAAAACAGCUUGCUUGGCUUCUAUCAAUUUUCAGCCUACUGGAGCUUAAUUUUUACCACCAUUCUCACCAUUUCUGUCGGCGUUACAGUCAGCUUAUUAACAGGGGAGAAAAAGACAUGCGCCGAAAACUUUCCUCUCACAAGCAAAGUUGCGUUGAGGUUAUGGAGGAAAUUAAAGCUACUACCAAAAGCAGAGGCCGAGAUUCCAGCGCAAGUUGAGGAAGACGAAGACGAAAAGGACAUCUUGCGCCAUGAGUUUAGACGAGAUGAGUCCUUCAACUCAAAUGAGAGCAACGUAUAAUUGUUUUCUCUGGAGGCCCGCCAAGAACACUAUUCGGCACGGCUAGCGAGCAGUGAAGAACUUCAAAGGAUCGCACGUAUCCAGCCGUGCGCUCAAGUUACUGCCCCAUUUCGAGUGUUUAUCACGAGUUGUUUGCCAAAGGUCGGCUAAUUCGCCUAAGCCGCAGAGAAAUCCGUAGUCGACAGCGUCUUCUUUGAAUUGGCACUGUUGGCUGCUCACGGAACACGAGCGGUGAUUAUUAUGUUCCUUCGUGAUGAAAGGAAGACGUAAACGUUGUUUGUUCCUGCAUGUUAUAACAUCGGAACGGCGUACGUGCAAAUGCAUGGGACGGGGAAGGAAGUGUGUUUUGAACGCCACGCUGCCAACCGAAAUAUAUUCAGAUGCCGAAUAGUGACAAUGCUUUCAACGCUUCGAGGCACUCGCUACAAGAACUCCGUUGAUGUAUGGAUAUAUUGACGUAAUUGGGCGGCAUUAACUGACAUCACGUGUGUCGCUACUGCAACUGCAGUACUCAGAAUGUUGUCCGCUAGCACAAAUUAAAUAAAAAGAAGACGU